GCGUCGCGUUGAUAGAUUGGCAAUGUUUACAAUUUCAGAGGCAUGGCGGAUCAAUAGUUCGCGCGGUGCUUUCUGUUUUAUUGAAACGUGUUAAUUCAUUCUGUGAUUGUGCCUAAUUUUAAGUAUGCCGUCACGUGGGGAAGAUAUCCUUAAGGGCUUUCAAGUUAAUUGGAUGAAUCUACGCGAUGCCGAUAGUGGGAAAAUUCUCUGGCAGGGUAAUGAGGAUCUAUCUGUACCUGAUGUAGAACAUGAAGCGCGUGUACCAAAGAAAAUUCUGCGAUGUCGCGCAGUAUCGAGAGAGAUUAAUUUCAGUUCUGCAGAACCAAUGGAAAGGUUUCGUCUGGAGCAAAAGGUACUGUUCAAGGGGCGUUGUCUGGAAGAAUGGUUCUUUGAAUUUGGAUUUGUCAUUCCCAAUAGCACCAAUACAUGGCAAAGCUUAAUUCAGGCAGCACCAGAAAGUCAAAUGAUGCCAGCAAAUGUAUUGAACGGUAAUGUGGUAAUAGAAACAAAAUUCUUUGAUGACGAUCUCUUAGUGUCUACCAGUCGAGUCCGUCUCUUCUAUGUCUAAGGUGAUUUCCAAACGGUCCUAAUAAUCGUACCUAACAUGGGACCAAUUGGCAUGAAGACUUUAUAUAAAAAUAGAGCAAUGUAUGCAAAA